UGCUCGCGAUAUACAGAGGAAGAAGCAGAGGCGAGGAGGUGAAGAAGAUAGAGAAAGCGAUUACCGUCACUCACGGUUAACAAAACGACGUCGGAGCCUCCUUCACCGGCCGUCGUUAUCCAAAACUCUCCCCAAACAUGAACGAUCCGUAAGAAUCAUAUUCAAAAGCUCAAAGACUCUUCCUUUAUCUCAAUCGAUGAAGAAGCCCGCAUCCGUCACGAUGGACCACGUCCUCUUGGCCCUACGCGAGACCAGCGAGGAGAGAGAGGUUCGGAUCCGGAGCCUAUUCGAUUUCUUCGACAAUUCGAGCCUAGGGUUCUUGGACUACGCCCAGAUCGAAAAGGGCUUAGCUUCGCUUCAGAUUCCUCCAGAGUACAAGUACGCUAGGGACUUGUUCAGAGUCUGCGACGCGAAUAGGGACGGGCGCGUGGAUUACCAGGAGUUUCGUCGUUACAUUGACGCCAAGGAGCUCGAGCUUUACAGGAUCUUCCAGGCUAUUGAUGUUGCUCACAACGGGUGUAUUUUGCCGGAGGAGCUUUGGGAGGCUCUGGUUAAGGCUGGCAUCGAAAUAGAUGAUGAAGAACUCGCUCGUUUCGUGGAGCAUGUUGAUAAAGACAACAACGGAACCAUAACAUUCGAAGAGUGGAGAGACUUCCUUUUGUUAUACCCUCAUGAAGCCACCAUUGAGAACAUAUACCAUCACUGGGAAAGAGUCUGCUUGAUAGACAUCGGAGAGCAAGCUGUUAUACCAGAUGGUAUAAGCAAACAUGUCAAAAGAAGCAGGCUCCUUCUCGCAGGAGGAUUAGCCGGAGCCGUAUCCAGAACCGCAACCGCGCCUCUGGACCGCCUCAAAGUCGUUCUGCAAGUUCAGAGAGCACACGCAGGUGUCCUCCCAACCAUCAAGAAGAUAUGGAGAGAAGAUAAGUUGAGAGGUUUCUUCAGAGGCAAUGGUUUGAAUGUAAUGAAGGUUGCUCCUGAGAGCGCCAUUAAGUUCUGCGCUUACGAGAUGCUGAAGCCUAUGAUUGGAGGAGAGGGAGGUGAUAUCGGUACGAGCGCGAGGCUUUUGGCUGGUGGAAUGGCUGGCGCGGUGGCUCAGACCGCUAUUUACCCUAUGGAUCUUGUGAAGACACGGCUGCAGACUUGUGUGAGUGAAGGUGGGAAGGCGCCGAAGCUGUGGAAGCUUACAAAGGAUAUAUGGGUUAGAGAGGGACCUAGGGCGUUCUACAAGGGUCUCUUUCCUUCUCUUCUUGGGAUUAUACCUUAUGCAGGAAUCGAUCUAGCUGCUUAUGAGACGCUUAAAGACUUGUCUAGAACAUAUAUUCUUCAAGACACUGAGCCGGGUCCUCUGAUACAACUCAGCUGUGGAAUGACAUCAGGAGCUCUUGGAGCAUCAUGUGUUUACCCUCUACAGGUUGUAAGAACAAGAAUGCAAGCGGAUAGUUCAGAGACGACAAUGAGACAAGAGUUUAUGAAAACGAUGAGAGGGGAAGGUUUGAGAGGAUUCUACAGAGGACUCUUACCUAAUCUUCUUAAAGUAGUUCCAGCUGCGAGCAUUACAUACAUUGUUUAUGAAGCUAUGAAGAAAAACAUGGCUCUUGAUUAGCCAAUACAAUUUUUCUUGGGGUUGGUCAUUCUUUUUUGUUGGCAAGGGAUUGGUUCUUGACUGUUGAGCUCUAGAUUAUGCGAGAUAACAGAAACAAGACCGAUGCUGUAAUACGUUUGGUCGUUGAUGUGUUCAUGAUCUAAGAGUCAAAUUACAUAUUCAAAACGGAUAUUGGAUGGAUUAAAUUUACGGUUUGGUUCAUUUCUCAAAUUAA